UCGCCGUGUGUGCUCAUCGUGUCUGUUGAGAAGACAGUUUUCUCGUUUGACAACUGCUACCAGACUGUUAACAAAUGAUGUCCAAAGCUGUGGGAUUAAAGUGCUGAGUUCUCCUGUAUGGAAUGGCAAAUUGAUGUCUAGACAUUGGCUGCAGCAUAACAAUCGAUUAUUAGGAACCAGCUCAUCCAACACCUCCAACACUACCAGUGUACCUCGAGUAACACAAACAAUUCCGACCGACACAAAUGCAGAAUUAGAGGAGGUACUUCCCAAUGAUGCAGGAGUUGUGACUAAGGUGAAUGAAGCAAUUGUGGAUCAAGCUGUGGGACGACUGUUUGCAGUCAUUCAGGUGGCAGGAAAACAAUACAAAAUUACAACAGAUGAUAUUGUCGUGGUGGAAGGAUUUUUUGUACCAGAAGUUGGAGAUAGAAUCAGACUAGAAAAGGUGCUCCUAGCAGGCAGUAAGGAUUUCACAUUAGUGGGGAGGCCCUUGUUAGACCGUGAAGUUGUGAAAGUUGAAGGUACAGUGAUAGAAAAGACCCUAGCGGUACCGAAGGUGCGCUUUCACUACAUCCGCCGGAAAGGACAUCGCAAGUUUAAACUAUUACAGAUACCACAGACCAUGAUACUGAUUAACAGUAUUGAGGUGUCUCCACUAGAAGAGGGUAAGAAGUGACAACUGUCAGUAGUAUCGGUUUGGUGUGGACAGGUUGAGUUACAGCUCACCCAGUCUGUGUGCACAUCGGUAUCAUGGUGGCCAAUACUUUCUCUGAAAAAGCUACCGAUUUCAGAACUUCAACCUUUGGAUAGUGUUCAGAGCUUCCUGUGGAAAACAAAGAGCAGUGAUGUUUCCUGCAUAAACUAGUUUCUUUUAAUGCCAUAAGGUAGGCCCAGAUUGUUUGAGAAUGUAAUAAUAAUUCUGAUGGUAUAAUUUGAUUUAUACCAGCACUCCAUCAGUAUGUACCGAAAUGGUACAAUUCAUUCGUAAUGCUUGAUGUGUAGAAUGUUCAGACUUUGGUAAUGUUGACAAAAUAA